CCCAAACCUCAACCCCAAAGAUUCCGAUAUUAAUUGAUAUGCCCCAUGAUAAGUCUCCAUACGAGUCUGUUUGUGAAGCUUUUCAACUUCUUGUGGUGUAGCUUUACUUCCAAAAUAAUUCGCUGCUCUUCUAUUUUGUCCACUUUUUCCUUUGAUAGCUAAAGGAUAGCUUUAUUGAUGUUUCUUGGCUUCUUCAUCGACAAUUCUUGCUUUUUGAUUGGUCUUCUUGGAUAUUUUUUGCUUUGACUAUGGGAAUUGAAUUCUAAUCGAUCCCCUGAGGGUUUUUUGGUUUCCAGGAAAAGAGAAAUUUGGGGUUUUGACAAAGAAAAAAGAUUAUUGACUCUGAUUUUGGAGGCUGCGAAUCAUCGUGAAAGCUCCUUGUAUACAAUUUCUUGAUUAUCAUGGAAAGGAAAAGAUACCCACAAGAAAUUGAGAGUUUCCGAGGAGUUUAAUUAUAAAAGGGUUUUCCUCUUUCCCAAAAAGCGAUUCUAAAAGAUUGAACAUUUAACGUUUUGGGUAAAAUUCUGAUUUGGGUUUCUCGCAACUUCCAUAAAGAAAAUUUUCGAGCGCUUUUGGCUGUUAGUAGCAGUUUGAGUGUAUUCAGCUAAGCAAAGUCUCCGUGGUGAUCACAAUUAACAGACUUAGAUUAGCUCUUUCACACAGAUGGGGACUGACAUUACUGAAACAGUGGAGAACUUUCCAUCGCCGAUUAACAUCAAGGUGCAUAGCUUUAUGUGUACAGAACUUAUGAAGCUAGUCGAGAGUGUUCUUGAAAUAUUUCCAGAAAUAGAAGCAGCUAGACCUCGAUGUGAAUCUGGUAUUCACUCGCUUGUUCACUUAAAUUUUGCAAUCGAUAAAGCAAAAUCGUUGAUUCGCGAUUGCAGUGAAUCCAGUAAGCUUUACUUGGCACUCACAGGAAAUACGGUUCUUUCAAGAUGUAAAAAAACAAAAAUCUUAUUGGAACAGAGUUUGAGCCAGAUACAAAACAUGGUUCCUGUGAUGCUUGCAUCAAAGAUCUCACUGAUAAUUACAGAGCUUAGGAGGGUGAAAAUUAGUUUAGAUCCAUGUGAAGAAGAAGCUGGAAAAACUGUAAAAUCAUUACUCAAAGGGUACAAUAAUACUGGAAAUUCUUCAGAAUAUGAAAAUGAGUGUAUUCGAAUAGUUGCUUUAAAGCUUCAAAUAACAUCUCAAAAAGCUCUUGUAAUUGAACGAAGAUCAAUCAAGAAACUUUUAAACAAACUUGUUGAAGGAGAUAAUGAUCAACAAAAGAAACAGAUUCUCAUGAUCCUUUUGGAUUUGCUAAAAAAACAUGGUCAUUCAAUCGCAUCUGUGCAUGAAGAGAACGAUAGCAUUGUUCAAAAUCAAGUUUAUUGGUCCCGGAGAGUUGACUAUUCUGUUGACCGUGAAGAACCUCCGAAGGGUAUUUUUGGAAGAGGUGAAAGUACACCUCCAGAAGAGUUCAAGUGUCCGAUUUCUCUCAAGGUGAUGUAUGAUCCUGUUGUUAUUGAUACUGGAGAAACAUUUGAACGAAUGUGGAUUCAGAAAUGGUUUGAAGAAGGUAAUGAUAUUUGUCCAAAAACUAAAAGGAAACUAUCGAACUUUUCAUUGACACCAAAUACGACCAUGAAGGGUAUGAUUUCACAAUGGUGUGAGACUCAUGGUGUCACUAUUUUGGAUCCAUGUGUUGACUUUUCAACCGAUGUAAGCACGUGGGAGAAUUCAUCUUCUUCGGUUACUAGUUUGAGCUCUAUGUAUAGUCUUCAACUUCCGGUUGUUGAUUUCAGUAACUUAUCGCUCAGUUCUUUGGAAAAUACUCGUGAUAUGGAUGUGGAGUUAUCUCAAGAACUUGAUGAUUCGCUUCCAUGGAAGUCACAAUUCAAAUUUGUUGAAGAUCUCAUGGCCCGUUUGAAUGAUGAUGAUCGUGGUUGUCGAUUCAUAUCAAGCGAGAAUUUGAUUGAGUCGAUUGUGAGAUUCUUGAAAGUUGCACGCGAUAUAAAUGAUGUUAAAGCUCAGAGAAUCGGAUGUUUGCUAUUGCAAAUCUUAAUAACCAAAUGCAGGAGUAUAAAGAUAUUGAGUAACGAUGCAUACGAGUUGAUAUCAGAGUUCCUUGAUUCGGAAAUGAUAGAAGAGGCGCUCGCUAUAAUUGAAAAUUUGUCUUCCCACCAAAAUCAUCGAUCUGAAAUCGCAUCUUCUCGUGUUCUUACUCAAAUUCUAAAGAUUCUCGAUUCCCAAAUCAUACAAUUUCAAACUCCAGCCCUAAAAAUUCUCUAUAACUUGACUUCGAACAGAAACUUCCGUUCACUCCUUUCAUCAGAUCUGAUCCCUAAACUUGUCGCCCUUUCUGAAGACGAAUCACUCUCAAGAUACGGCAUAGCAAUCUUGACAAAUCUAUGUGGGAAUCAAGAUAAUAAAAGCAUAAUUGCAGAAACCGAAGGGUGUGUAUCUUUUGUUGCUAGGGUUCUUGAAAGCAGGAGUUGUGAGGAGCAAGAACAGGCUUUAGAGAUUCUUCUUUCGUUAUGUUCUCAAAGCAUUGAGUAUUGUAGAUUGGUGAUGGAUGAAGGGGUGAUUCCUGAUGUUGUUUCAAUUAUCAUGAAUGGAAAUGAUAAAGGAAAAGCAAAAGCACAUGAAAUGCUUCGGCUUUUGAAAGAUGUUGAAGAGCCUGUGGAAGAAUCUCCUCCACCUGUUUAUGAUGUUUUAAAGGAUUCAAAUAACUUUCAGGUUGAAAAGAAGACGUCUUCUAGAACUUCAAGGUUUUUUUCAAAGUUUUCUUCCAAAGGUUCUUUGGCUCAAAAAAGGAAAGUAUAGGUUUUGCAGUUAUUUUGCUCAAACCAUAUGUGCAGUUUUGGGUGGAUUGAUCUAAUAACUCUAUUUUUUUAGGCUUGUUAUUAUUUGUGUAUAUUAGUUGUAGUAGAAUGGUUGUAUGCAUAUGCUAUUUAAACUGUAAACACGCAUGAAGGAAUGUUCGUGUUCUUCAGGAUUCUUAACUAAAGAUUCAUUUUGUGUGAAGAAUCCAACUUGAGUUCAGAAUCAUGAUUCAUCCUGCUGAUAGGAAAAUCUGUAACCAUUUAGUUAUAACUUCAAGAACUAGUUUGUAGACAUAAAGAACUGGUUUUGUACUUCAUUUCUUUAGAUCAUGGUGAUCUACAUGUAAAGUUUUGUUGGCUGUUUCUUUUUUAAGGUUUUUGAACAAGUUAACAUUUCUGGUUAUGGGUAUUCGGUUUUUUGGUCUUA